UUCUCUCUCUUUCUAGUUCUUGGGCUCUCUCUCAUGGCGAUCUGGAGCCCUAGAUCUUGCUCGAUGUUGUGAGGUCUCCAGCUCGUCAAUGGCGUUGUGGAGAAGCUCUUCGCCCAGCUUCGCUUGCUGCCCAAGCACCAGAUCCGGGAUUAGGUGGGGUGAUCGGGGCGCGCCGUCUCUUUCCACCCACUUUGCUCUCUAGGGUUUGAUUGUGCUAUGUUUUUGGUUGAAUCUUGUUGGGACUUUGGCAAAUGCAGUGGGCUUUUGAUGAAUUUUUGGUGGUUUUGGGGUUGGAAAUGUUGAAAUAUUACUGGUUUUGUGGUGUGUAAGUGGGGUUGUGGGAAGUCUGGCGGUGUUGAUGAAUGUGUGGGAUUCUAGGGUUGAUUGAACUUGGAUUUUUGGUGUUGUUUGUGGUUGUUUGAUCUGGUUUUGUUCUAAAGAUAUGAUUUUUUUGGUUAUUUUGAGUUAUUAUAGCUGAUACGAGUUAUAUUAAGAGAAUUUUUUGUCCAGGAGUUACUAGCUAGUCAUGACAUGGUUUUGAAGUUGCAGCUGGGGAAAAAAAGGUAAUCUUGCUGGCGUUUGUUUGAGUUGGUAGUAGACCACCGAGAAAUACAGCAAGGUUGCUUGUGCUUGAUCCACCUUUGAAAUGAAUGUAUAGGUUCUAGAUUUUUUGAGGUCAGUGGUGUUUUAAAUCUUUUCUUCCUGGAUUUGAUACAGUAUUGGGUUUUAUGAGCUGUUUCAACAUUAGGAUUUGAGAGCUAUCUGGGCUUGUUUUUGAAGUUUUUGAUGUGGAGAAUCUCUAUCUUGUUGUGGAAUUUAGGAUAUUAGAAUUGGAUCUUUAAAUGGAUCUGGGUCGAUUGAAUGAAUUUGGUCAACUUUAGAGUCCAGCGAUUACUUUGUUUUUCCCUGUUUUGCUUUAGUGAAUAGGAGGAAUUUUGUAGAUGCUGCAUAAUUCAUUAGAUUCUAUGCCUAUGUGUUCUUAGAUGCACCACUUUUGAUAAAGGAAUGAGCCUCUCUAGUCUUAUUCUCACCACAUUGCUUUUCUUUUUGGGGAAUUGAAACAUGGAUCAUGCCCGCUAAUUUUACAGUGCAGGGUAGUCAUUGAAAUAAAAAAAUAUCGGUUAGAGCUGAUAACUUGUUGGUUCGGGAAGAAUGUCAAGGGUGCCUAAAUGGAAGGCUGAAAAGACGAAAGUGAAAGUGGUUUUUCGACUUCAGUUCCAUGCUUCACAUAUUCCUCAACCUGGAUGGGACAAGUUAUUUGUGUCCUUUAUCCCAGCAGACACGGGGAAAGUGAUUGGCAAAACAACAAAAGCUAUUGUGAGGAAUGGGAACUGCAAAUGGUCUGAUCCUCUAUAUGAAACCACAAGACUACUUCAAGACACAAGGACCAAAAAAUAUGAUGACAAGCUAUACAAACUUGUUGUGGCGAUGGGAUCUUCCAGAUCCAGUCUUCUUGGGGAGGCCAAUAUCAACCUAGCUGACUAUGCUGAUGCAUUAAAACCUUCUUGUGCUUCUCUGCCCCUGCAUGGAUCUGACUUUGGAACAAUUUUACAUGUCACAGUCCAGCUUCUAACGUCAAAGACUGGCUUCAGAGAAUUUGAACAACAAAGGGAGCUCAAUGAAAAGGGGUUUCAGGUGGUAUCAGGCCACAAAAAUCUUUAUCCUGCUGAUAGCAGAGCAGCUUCUUCUGAGGCAAUUAUUGGACAUGAGGACAAGGCCAAUGCAAAAGUUAGGUUUAAAGCAGAUUCUGCUGAAUUACCUUCAGUUGAGGAGGCUGGAGAAUCUAAUGAAAGCUAUGAAGAUUCUGCUACAGGAAUUGACGGCUCAUCUUAUACAUCUGAUAGUUUUCAUGCGGAAAAGAAUGAUAACUCUGGAAUACCUGAAAUUGAUACCCUAAAGAGCACAAAUUCUGGUGACAUUGGGGCAUCUCCCCAUAGUUCAAGUCUUCCUCCUGAGAAAGAAGGCCGGAAUGACAAUACUUGCUGGGCACGAGGUUCCAAUGGUUGGAUUCAUGGAUGGAGUUCAGACUAUUCCGUAGACAAUGAUCUAGCUGUUGCUUAUGAGGAAAACAAUAGGCUCAGAGCAAGACUGGAGGCAGCUGAAUCAAAUAUUUCACAGCUUAAACUUGAAGCAAGUUCGUUACAAGCACUCACAGAUGAAUUUGUUGUGGAAACUCAAAAACUAACUCAUCAGCUUGCUACUGAGCUCACUUCCGGGGAAAGAAUGGCUGCAGAAGUCUCCAAAUUGAAGUCCGAGUGCUUGAAGCUCAAAGGUGAUGUUGAAGAACUAAAAUUUGCUAAUGCAAUGCACUUCUCCUAUUCCCCUGCAAGGAAACUUGAAGCUGCACCUGGGGUUACUCUGCAAGAUCGACAAUUGUUGUCUCAUGAAUUUCAGAUCAAAUGGCUCCAAGAAUUAUUGCUCAUUGAGGGUCAAGUCAAGGAAAUUCAAAACAAGGCUUGCCUUGGUUACCAUGAAAGCGAGUUUAAUUUUCUUUAUUCUGAUUUUGAAGUUCUCGACCGUCUUACGCAAAAUCUUAAGCAAGGUAUGAUGGAGGCCACUUCGCUUAGAUUGGUUGAAGGCUUUCAGAAUAAGGGGAGUCAGAGUCUGCGUGCUUUGCAAUCUGAUUGCUUUAUCCAAUGUCAAACAUUGGAAAGAUCUUGUGGGUCUCAUCAUCCAGAUGGCAGGUUAUACUACUCAAGUGGUGAUCAUCAAGUAGAUCCUAUAGCAGACAAUGCUAUGGAUGGGAGAAUGUAUGAACUUCUUGGUGAACUGGAGUUGUUGAAAACUGAAAAUGAAAGCCUCACAAAGAAAAUGAACCAGAUGGAAUGCUAUUAUGAAUCUCUUAUUCAAGAGAUUGAGGAAAACCAGAAGCACGCCCUGAAUGAGUUGGAGAGCCUCAAAAGUGAACGUGGUACUAGCCUCUUUACAAUUUCUGCUCUCCAAAAUCAAAUAGAAAAGUUGCACCAAGACAUGAAUGAACAGUACAUCAGGUUUGCUGAGGAUAGGCACAACCUAGAUUCUCUCAACAAGGAACUUGAAAAGAGAGCUAUUAUAUCAGAGAAUGCUCUUAAAAGGGUUCGUCGGAACUACUCUGUAGCUGUGGAUCGUCUUCAGAAAGACCUUGAACUACUCUCAUUCCAAGUUUUAUCUAUGUAUGAGACAAAUGAAAGCCUUGCAAAACAAGCUCUGACUGAUGUUUCUGAUUUUCUUGUUCAUUAUCAUUCUGAUGAUAGUGCAGAAUAUGCUCAACAAUCUUCUCAGUACCAAGAUUUCUACAAACAGAAUGGCGCAAGAAUGUAUCCAGACACUAUACUUGUGAAGCAGGAGAAGCUACUUGCUUCAACGCUGCAUGGUCUACCGCAAAACAUCACCCAAGAAGUAGACCACCACUUUGGCCUUGCUGAAGAAAGCAAAGGAAUAUUUCAAAAAUAUGGAUCUGUGAAUUUCGAGUUGCCAAUUAUUGAUGAGCAUGUGAAUGGCGUGAAGUCAGAGGUGCAUAUGGCUUCUCAACAAAAUAACAUCAAAGGGCAGAAUUAUCUGGUAGUUCCUAGUGGGAUAUCAUCAGUAACUCCCAGCAGCAAUGAGCUUGUAGAGAUGUCCUCCAUUACCAAGUCCUAUCUUGGCACUCCGGCAACUGUUAAAUGUACAUCAUUAGAGAUUCAGAACAAAUGUGCUGAACCAGAUAAUCAGCUUGCAGAGCAAAAAGAUUCUUUGGAAGAAUUAAGAUCAUCAUCGCAUAUGCUGAAAAGCCUUCAGUCGAAGACCGAAGCUGAACUUUCAGAAUUAUGUGCACUUAACCUGCAGUCUGAAGUUUUCUCCUAUGUCAUAGAAGAAACUAUUCAUGAUUUGAACGAUGUGAUUAUGCACAUGAAAGGUAAGAUGAAUGAACUUGAACAGCAAAUAGAGUAUUCGAAUGAGAUGAACAGAUCAUUUAGGUCUACGCUGCAAAGUGCCAAGGAUGAGGCCAGAAUAUUAAAGGAGAAUGAAAUCAAAUACAUGUCAAUCUGUGAUGAUUUGACAUUAAAAAGCCGUAUUCUGGAAGCAAAGUUACAAGAUAUUUCAGAGGAGAAUACAUUUUUUAUUCAGAAGGCUGCAGAAAAUGAAAGAUUGUUAAUGGAAUACAGAACUCAUGAAAGCAAGUAUAAUGCUUUGACUGAAGAAAGAAAGGAACUUGAGUUAUUUCUGAAACAGGAGUUAGUAGAAAAGCAACGUCUUCAAGCUGAACUUAACUCUGCAAUUGUAAACAUUGAAUCUUUGAAAAGGGAUUAUAAUGAGCAGUCCUCUAUCAAUGAUGAACUGCUGAAAACUAUUGUAAAUGUCAAGGAAAAGCUGGUGAGUCUAAGUUAUGUCUUGGCUUCUUCUGAUGAUCAAAUCAAUGAUCCUACACUUGACAUUGAGGAUGACGUGGAGAGUGGGAACUGCAGUGAUAUUUUCUUGCUUUUGAAGCAGUUACAGCAGAAUGCGAACAGGAGAAUUUCUAGAAUCUGUCAAGAGAAGAAGGAGAUAGAGCAACAGAGAGAUAUUGUUCAAUAUUCAUUAAAAGAUUCAGAAUAUCAGCUUUCAUUGAUGAGGCAGAAGUUUGAAUCGGAAUUGGAUGAGAUAACAAAAAAGCUAGAGUUUUCCAACUCUGUAGUGGAGAAGCUUAAAUUAGAAUCAGAGGAUAUUGCACAGAAGCUUAAAAUUAGUUCAGAUGCCGAGGAAAAAUAUGCUAUGGAGAAUCAGGAAUUAUUAUCAAGUUUAGAAGUUUUGAAAAAUGAAUUAGAACAUGCUUCCAGCGAAAACACAGGUCUUGUUAGACAGCUGCAGCAGUUUGAACAUGACUCUAGGGAGCUUGAGAGGCUGAAACUAGAUUUUACUAAUUGCAUGCAAGAGAAUAGGACAUUGAUGUUAUCUGUACAGGCUGGCAAAGAAGCAUCUAUCAAAGUGGAAAAUGAAAUCAGAGGCUUGGAGGAAAGGUUGAAAUGGACUCAUGAAGAACUGCAGUCAGAACAACAAGAAAAAAUGGAACUUGAAGCUUUGAUUUUCGAUCUUACGUCACAAUCGAAGGAGAAAGCACAACUUUUGUUCUCUCUAAAUGAACAAUUAGCUGAAUUGACCCACCUCAGAGAAAGGGUAUCUGAUCUAGAAUCACAGAAUUUCGCAUUACAGCAGGAUUUAUCCCUGAAUGAAGAAUGCAGGAGGAGGAUAGAAGGUGAAGCUUUGUCUGUGCAUGCCCAAUUCACUGAUCUGGAAUCUGUCCUCAUACAGUAUUCUUUAAUUGCAGACAUUGAAGUUACAUACUUGAAAAACCACUUCCAUUCUAGGGUGAUGGAACUUGUUAAUCAAGUAGAUACAUCAAAGAAUGACUUUAAUGAGCUUCAUUUGAAAUAUCUAGAUGUUAUUACUGCUCUGAAGAAAUCCAUGAUUAAUGAAGCUCAAUUGCAAGACGAAAAUGCAAAAUUAUCAAAAGCAUUUGAUUCGCUCAAAUCUGAAUUUGACAUGCUUAUUUCUGAAAGAGACAAGCUUGUUAAUUGUGUGAACAGAAAAAUUGAUGUGUUGACUGAAUCUGAGGAUUUGAAGCCCAGAGCUGCAAUUGAAGCAGAUGAUAGACAAGAAAGAAACAGAUAUGAAAAUGAAAUCAGGAAUUUGACAAAUCUGCUUGUGAGUUUUGAAGAAGAGAUGGACAACCUAAGAUCCUCAAGGGAUGAGUUAAUAAUUACAGAUAUAUUACUUAGAUCUAAGAUUGAUGAACAGCGUGCCGGAAUAUCAGUGCUGGAGGCCUUGGAUGCUGAGCUGAGAAAACUACAGGAGCAGAAUAAUGACCUUGCGUAUAAGCUUUCUGAACAAACUUUGAAGACAGAGGAGUUCAAGAAUUUAUCUAUCCAUUUAAGGGAGCUGAAAGACAAGGCAGAUGCUGAAUGCAAUCAAGCUCGUGAAAAAAGGGAGCAUGAGGGAUCUUCACAUGCAGUGCAAGACUCAUUGAGAAUUGCUUUUAUCAAAGAGCAGUGUGAAACUAAGCUUCAAGAGCUGAAAACCCAGCUGUAUGGCUCCAAAAAACAUGCAGAAGAAAUGCUAUAUAAAUUGCAAGAUGCUAUCGAUGAAAUAGAGUGUGGGAAGAAAAGAGAAGUUUCUUUUGUGAAGAAAAUUGAAGAGCUGUCGACUAAGGUCUCUGAAUUAGAGGCUGAGCUACAGAUGUUACUGACAAACAGGAGGGAGUUAGUGAAGGCAUGUGACAGAAUGAAAGCUGAAUUGGAAUGCACUCAAUUAAGCCUGGACUGCUGCAAGGAAGAGAAGCUAAAAUUUGAGUUAUCUUUGCAUGAAUCUAAUGAGGAAAAGACAAAGCUUAGAGUUGAACUUGACUUGGUGAAGCGACUGUUGGAAAAUAUGUCCUCUACCACAGAUGUCCAAUCACAAAGAUAUCGUGAAUCUGGUACUCAUAAUGCUACAUCAAUUGGUGAAAUAUUGAAAGAUGGGGAGACUGGCUUUUCAGUUCAUCAAGAAGCACUUUGUAGAACUGGAAUCACAGAUAAGAAUGAUAAAGUACCUCUCGAGACAGUAGAUCCUGUAAAUAUUGCACCAAGAAGCCAAUCCUUUGACAGGUCAUUUUCAUCAGGAGAAGAGAAAGAUUUAAUGCUGGUUCGUGUUGAUGAAAAUUCACUUAGAGUAAACUUAAAGGAUGGCCAUGUGUCUGAUAGCCUCCAUACGCAACAUACCCUUCUAGAGAACGACACAAAACACAUGGAUGAAAUGAAGGAGCAUUUCAAAGAGCAGCAAAGACUGGUUUCGGAAAUGAAUCUUCUUCACAGAGAGCUGGAGAGGUUGAAAAAUGAGAAUUUGACUUCUCUUCUCCCCUUAGAGGAUCAUAGUCUUGAUCAAGCUCUUCAAGGUUUAGAACGGGAACUAUCCCAGCUUGAGAGAGCAAAUGAGCAUUUAGGAAAUAUAUUCCCCCUCUUUAAAGACUUUUCUGGUACUGGUAAUGCACUAGAGAGGGUGCUAGCUUUGGAGCUUGAACUUGCAGAAUCACUGCAGGUGAAGAAGCCAGACACCCGUUUUCAGAGCUCAUUUCUUAAACAACACAGCAAUGAAGAAGCCGUAUUUCAGAGCUUUAGAGACAUCAACGAGUUAAUUCGAGACAUGCUUGAUAUAAAGAGAAAAAAUGCAGCUGUUGAAACCGAACUCAAAGAGAUGCAAGAUCGAUAUUCACAGCUUAGUCUGAAGUUCGCUGAGGUGGAAGGUGAAAGGCAAAAACUAUUGAUGACAUUGAAAAACAGAACACCGAAGAAAUCAUAAUAUAUAAGUCAACGAGAACAAAGCCGGAUUUUUACUGUCGGAAAGAUGAGUACAGUGGAUUAGUGAUCGAAAUGGAGCUUCUGUAGAUAUAUACACCUUAGCUUUUCAUUGAGGAUCACAUGCAGAGCUUCUGAGAUGUCUCUUGGAUGAUGUAUAUACCAUAAUCUGUUGUAUUCUGGAUUAUAUAUAUAUAUAUAUAUUAUCGAUAUAUUAUCGAUAUCAAAUGGCCUUGUGCUGUAUGGUAUGUAUUUUCGUAAUCUUGUAUAAUUGGGCAAACAUAUUUUUUUGCUAUUGUGACUAACUCUUAUCAAAUUGCAAGUUAUUUUU